GUGGUGUGAGGUAGCCUAUAAGAAUAAAGCGGACGAUUUGCCGAAAACCUUGAGAUAAAGACGCGGGAGAGCAAAAACAAUAUGUACAGGAGCGCUAAAGGAGACCAUGAACCCCAACUCUGAAAACUCCGUGUCAUGAAACAGCAGUGGCACACAGACCUCCUGUAGGUCUCGGUCUGGCAACAUUUCGAGUUCAUCUAAAGGGGAUAAAAAAAAAAAAAAUCAUGAACUUAUCCGAGUCUGUUUGGCUCUUGGAAGAGCCGUGUAACCUGAGCAGAGUGGAGGAAGAGGACCAGAAACUUUUAUUCGGGAUCGGCAUGGAUAAUUUCAUCACGCUGCUGGUUUUCGGGCUCAUCUUUACGCUCGGUGUGCUGGGCAACUCCAUGGUGAUCACCGUGCUGGCUCGGAGCAAACCGGGGAAACCGCGCAGCACCACCAACAUAUUCAUCCUCAACCUGAGCAUAGCGGACCUCUCCUACCUGCUCUUCUGUGUCCCCUUCCAGUCCACCGUCUACAUGAUGCCGACGUGGGUCCUGGGCGCAUUCAUCUGCAAAUUCAUCCACUAUUUCUUCACUGUGUCCAUGCUGGUGAGCAUCUUCACCCUGUCUGCCAUGUCCGUGGACCGGUACAUCGCCAUCGUGCACUCGAGAAAGUCCUCCUCUAUCCGGGUGGCGAAGCAUGCUCUGAUCGGAGUGGUGGUGAUUUGGAUACUUUCUCUGGCCAUGGCUGCGCCUAUCAUGUAUUACCAGAACAUCUUUCACAGAGGGGAGAAUCACACCUUUUGCUGGGAAGUGUGGCCAGAUCAAACCCAGAAGAAAGUCUAUGUGGUUUGCACCUUUGUGUUUGGUUAUGUGUUGCCUCUGCUGCUGAUUUCCUUCUGUUAUGCAAAGGUUUUAAAUCACUUGCACAAAAAACUAAGAAAUAUGUCCAAAAAGUCAGAGGCAUCAAAGAAAAAGACGGCUCAGACGGUGCUGGUGGUGGUGGUGGUGUUCUGCCUCUCUUGGCUCCCUCAUCACGUUGUUCACCUUUGGGUGGAGUUUGGAACCUUCCCGCUGAACCAGGCGUCCUUCGUGUUACGGGUGGCUGCCCACGGUCUGGCGUACAGCAACUCAUCUGUCAACCCCGUCAUCUACGCCUUCCUGUCGGAGAACUUCAGGAAAGCUUACAAGCAGGUGUUCAAGUGCCAGAUCGGUACCAGUGACUCCCCGCUCAACGACAUUAAGGAGAUCCGCAGCAAAGCGGACACGCCGCCCUCGACUAACUGCACCAACGUUUGACUGACAAGGUGUGGAUGGUGACAUUUAAAUAAAGUAAGGGCACCUGUCACAUUGGAAGUCAGUAUAAAGUCACAGAGGCAGAGCCAUCAGACAAAAGUGGGUGUGUGGAAGUUUUUUUUUCUUUUUAAUGUAGCUAAGUGUAGUUGCUUGGAUAUACAGCUAUACUGUUCCACAUAAGCGCUGUUCAUUAUACCUGGAGGAGAUAAAGCCCCUGUGGCUUCAGGACAUG